AUGCUGUUGCUGUCCGGAGUAUCUGUUUGGUGGAGCAACAUCGUGUCGACAUAUGUCCAGGGUAAAGGCUGGCCACGGGAAAUAUCCAAACCCCACAACCCCUCUUGCACAGUCGUCUCGCAAUACAACCCAGCAGGGACCCGUACAAACCCGAAACCAUACGGCACGAAAGCUCGAAUUCUGGGCCAACAGCAGAGCCACAUGGCCAACCGCACGAUAUUUACUCGAGUAUACUCCAAAAGCAGUGCAGCGCAACUCAUCGCUGCCAAAGGUCCAAAAGGCACCUUAUCCCACGGAGAGCUCCUCGCGGAGUUCCAGAAGCAUGCCUAUAAAUCGAAUCAAGAGGCCACGGCCUUGGUGUCGGUCAGCGAUCGCAUUAUCGAUACGGUGAAGCGUGCGUUGGAUAAGCACUAUACGAACGGCGAGUCUCCUGAAGAUAUCUGGAUCGCCUUUAUCGAAACCCCAACCAAGACACCUCCCGGAGUCCACGCUGCAAAUGGUUUGGCAAAGGAAUCUGGGUUUCCGAGGCCAAAUCUGUUUUGCCACGAAUAUAUUUUUGAAUGGGCUAUACCUGAGGAGUAUGUGUUACAUACAGUCUCCCUGCAGAUCUUGAUGGAUCGUGGGCUUGAUUGGGAGAAGUACUCCACUCAAAAUCGUCCUUUGUCGACCAAAGACCUACGACACCAAAUUGCCAAUGAACUCCAGCAUACAAGUUCUGUGUGUAGCUCGUGGGAUGUUGGUAUCGUAUUGGCCUCUUUCGCACGAUUAUUCGGUGCUAGAGCCCCUCUCAGCUGGAUUGCUUACCAGCUUUUUUAUGAUUGUGUGUGGACAGAAAUGGAUCCUGAGCAACAGGUCGUAAGACUCAAGUUUGCUAAUGAAAAUAUCGAAAUUGUUGACUUCGAGUUCUUUUGUGACUUGGAUGAUGGGGUUGAUACUGCUUUGAAUGAUUGGUGGCUUGCGGAUACAAGUUUCUUCCUAAGACACAAAGCCUUUGAGGACUGGAGAGUUGCCAUGCUCUGUGAUACGAAUAAUUUCUGUGAGAGUUGGCACGACGUUGACGUUGGUGAUACAGUUGGGAAGAUUUUAUGGGAUGAAGCGCUCAAGGCAACUAUCGAGGCAGAAGCUGUGAUGAUGGGUUUAUAG